GCUCUCACUCCCCCACCUCCACCCAGCACCUGCCCCGGUCCAGGCUCACCCCCUACCCCUCCACCUGGUCAGUGGUGGCUUGGCCUCCUCUCAGCCCUUCCACCCCUCCUGGCUGUACACAACCUCAAGCUAACGGAACUCAAACUGGUGGAGGAAGGCCUGCCCUGUCCCUCCCAGCCCCUGCCUCUCCCUCCCUACUCCCAGCCUCACUGGACCACUUUCAAGUCCUGCAGUGCUCCAGGCUCCGUCUUCAUGCCUCCAGGCCUUUGCACGUGCUGGUCCCUCUCCCAUUUUCCUGGUUAACUCCUCCACCGCCAUCCGAGCUAGACUCUUCCCCUGGAGAGUGUCCCAGUUAGCACCACCCCACAACACACACACACACCAACAUACACUCCCCACAUCACAGGGACCACAUCCCACACAGGCACAGACACACUGCAUGACACAGAUCACAGGCACAAAGGUGCAUGCUCUAGCAUGCAUGCGUGCACACACACACUCACACUCACACUCCAUAUGCCAAUACACUUAUCCCCCCAUCCCCACAUCACACAGACCGUUCAACACACUCCUCACAUGCUCUGGCCAUACAGUAAAUACACACAGACCACAGAGCUCGUGUCUGGGCUGCCCUGCUGCCCUCCUCUGGGCUCCUGCCCCCAGCCUCUGCAUUUACCCCCCAUUAAGGGCAGGCACCCAUCCAUCUCCAUUUGCCUCCAUUUCAGCUCAGGGCCCUGCACCAAGUCUCUCCCAGUUAUUGUGACCCGGACUCCUCCCACAGUCACCACUGUCACAGUCCCACCUCCUUCAAGGUCUCAAACACCCCUCCCCUGUUUCUGGCAGGAGCCAUCCUCACUCCCUCUAUUGCCUCUCCAGGCCCAGACUUCACCCUCAGGUCACCCUCACCUGGACUUUGGGGUGCCCCACACCCCGCCCCAGGCCCUGGCCUCUGGAAUAUUUGGAAACUGGAACUGGGCCAGAGGCUUAAGCUCACAUCUGUCUGGAGCCUCAACUUUCUCCUCUGUAAAAUGGGCUAACACUGAAAGAACCUUGCAGAAUCCCAGCAACGUCACAGUGGACAUUGUUAGCACAGCCAGCAGCUCCUGCUGGGCUGAGUUUGUGGGUAACCCAAGCCUCGGCAGGUACGGUUCCUCCCUCAGGUGAGCG